GUAACAGUCGCCCCCACCACCGAAAGUUAUAUCGCAUACACGUUUUGUCAGGUUAGAAACCAGGCGGGAGCCGCCCCGCAAUCAGAAUAUCGACAUCUACAACCUCCAAAAUGGCGUCAGGGGCUGGCGGAGGGCUGUUCAGCCGUAAGGAUUCGGGCAAUGUGCCCACAAUGAGAGGCCUUGUGUCCUUCAUUGCCGACUUGAGAAACGCAAGGGCUCGAGAAUUGGAGGAGAAGAGAAUCAAUAAGGAAUUGGCGAACAUUCGACAAAAAUUCCGCGAUGGAGGAUUGAAUGGAUAUUCGAGAAAGAAAUACGUUUGCAAGCUUCUGUAUAUAUACAUUCUCGGCUGGAACGUCGAUUUCGGACAUCUCGAAGCUGUUAAUCUCAUCUCAGCCACCAAAUACUCGGAGAAGCAGAUCGGUUAUCUUGCCGUCACAUUGUUUUUGCAUGAAGAGCACGAGCUCCUGCACCUGGUUGUGAACAGUAUUCGCAAGGACCUGCUGGAUCACAAUGAACUCAAUAACUGCCUUGCGCUACACGCCAUCGCCAAUGUGGGUGGCAAAGAGAUGGGAGAGGCUAUUAGCGGAGAUGUGCAUCGACUCUUGAUAUCCCCGGCAUCCAAAGCCUUUGUCAAGAAGAAAGCAGCAUUGACGCUCCUCCGCCUAUACCGGAAGUACCCUGGCAUUGUUCAGAAUGAAUGGGCUGAGCGAAUUAUUUCGUUGAUGGAUGAUCCGGAUAUGGGUGUCGCAUUGUCGGUGACGUCCCUCGUCAUGGCACUCGUCCAAGAUAACCAGGAGCAAUACAAAGGCAGCUAUGUCAAGGCCGCAAACAGACUCAAAAGGAUAGUCGUCGAUGCCGAAUGCUCCGAAGGCUACUUCUACUACAAAGUUCCGUGCCCCUGGAUGCAAGUGAAGCUUCUGAGGCUACUUCAAUACUAUCCUCCACCUGAGGAUUCGCAUAUCCGAAAACUCAUCCGCGAGGCACUGCAGAAGAUUAUGGAUUCUGCGAUGGAUAUUCCGAAGAAUGUGCAGCAAAAUAAUGCACAAAACGCAGUGUUGUUCGAAGCCAUCAACCUUGUCAUUCAUCUCGACACAGAACAGGAUCUCAUGGUUCAGAUAUCGACGCGCCUGGGAAAAUACAUCGCAUCCCGCGAAACGAACGUUCGAUAUCUCGGCCUAGAGGCAAUGACGCAUCUUGCAGCUCGUUCAGAAACAUUGGAUCCUAUCAAGAAGCACCAGAGCAUUAUCAUUGGCUCCUUGAGGGAUCGAGACAUUAGUGUGAGAAGACAGGGUCUUGAUCUUCUUUACAGCAUGUGUGAUCCUACGAAUGCUCAAGCUAUUGUCAACGAAUUGCUGAGGUACCUCCAAUCCGCCGAUUAUGCGAUCCGGGAAGAGAUGGUACUCAAGAUUGCCAUUCUCACCGAGAAGUAUGCGACUGACGUCCAAUGGUAUGUCGACAUAUCGCUGCGGCUCAUUGCCAUGGCAGGCGACCACGUCAGUGAUGAAGUCUGGCAACGAGUUAUCCAAAUUGUAACGAACAACGAGGAGCUACAAGUAUAUGCCGCCCAGAACAUCCUUCAAUACGUUAAGAACGACUGUCACGAAACGCUUGUGAAGAUUGGAGGAUAUCUACUUGGAGAAUUCGGACAUCUGAUCGCCGAUAGUAAAGGCUGCUCGCCAAUCGAGCAGUACAUGGCUCUCAACGGCAAGAUGCGAGGCUGUUCGUCAACAACGCGAGCUAUCAUUCUGUCGUCCUUUAUCAAGUUUGUGAAUCUGUUCCCAGAAAUCAAACCGCAACUACUACAGACCUUCCGCGCAUACAGCCACUCCCUGGAUCCCGAAUUACAACAAAGAGCGUGCGAGUAUCUGGCUCUCGCCACACAGCCGACCGACGAUUUGUUAAGGGGUGUUUGCGACGAGAUGCCGCCUUUCCCGGAAAGAGCGUCUGCCCUGCUUUCUAGACUUCACCAGAAGCAUGCCACCACAAGUGACAAGCGAACCUGGAUCGUCGGAGGCCGCGAUGCUAACACCGAAGAGUUGGGCUUGGCACGCCAGGCAACUGGCCUGAAACGAAGUUUCACGAAUGCUGGCACUGGCCAUUCGCCAGCCUCGCCAACUGGCACCAAGGGUACGAAUGGUACAACAUCAAUAGCCAACGAUCUUGCUGGAUUGGACUUGAGCAUCGAUACAAACAAGGUUCUGAAGGCCCCCAAUCUUGCCAGUGCUGCUCACUUGAGUCCAGACUGGGAGACUGGCUACCAACGUCUUCUGCUCAGGGCUGAGGGCAUCCUAUAUGAAGAUGCGCAAAUUCAGAUUGGUCUACGGACCGAAUACAGAGGACAACUGGGUUGUGUGAUCUUCUACUUCAGCAAUCGGUCCUCUUUCCCCAUGGGCUCGUUUACGACUACUCUUGACAACCAAUCUGCCGAGACUCUGAAGUCUGAUAUCAAGGGCUUGCCUGAUACAUCCAUCCCUCCUGAAGGCCAGACAACUCAGACGAUUAUGUUUGAAGCUAAGAACAUAUUCACGGUACCUCCCACAGUCCGUAUCUCUUACCUCGCUGGUGCCCUCCAGGCUCUUACUCUCCAACUGCCUGUUGUCCUCCACAAGUACAUGGAUUCUGCUGAGCUCAGUGCCGAGGAUUUCUUCAAGCGCUGGAAGCAGAUUGGCGGUGAACCUCGCGAGGCUCAAGCCAUUUUCGGCCUUGUAGAUAGGAACCGAACCAUGAACAUGGAGUAUGUGCGAAGAGUGGUCAAAGGCUUCAAAUGGGGUAUCUUGGAUGGUGUCGAUCCUAACGGAAAGAACAUUGUCGGAGCUACGGUGUUGCACACAAGCGAGGGCGGCAAGUUCGGGUGUCUGCUGAGAUUAGAACCCAACUUCGAUACACAGAUGUUCCGAAUCACUGUUCGCGCCACUGACGAAGCUGUACCGCCUGUGCUUGUCAAAGCGAUGGAGGAGCGGCUGUCUCAGGGCAUCGAAGGUUUCGUGGAGUAAACAUAUAUCAAUAACUUUGCAGACAUUGUCGGGCAGCAUUUUGGCUGACAAUAUAUUACUACGCCCUAUUGUAAUUCGGUGGAACCUUGGUUGGAGUCGGAGAGGGAAGAAGCGGAAGUGUCAUUGUUAUCCUAGUGUGGAGU